AUGGAACCUUAUCUUAUCAUUGAGAGAAUUGGAGCUGUGGCUUAUCGUCUAGAACUACCAGCAGAACUAGAAGCAUUUCACGAUGUGUUUCAUGUCUCUGUAUUACGGAAAGUGGUUGCAGAAAAGGAGUUGAUCAUACCACAGCCACCUAAAGACUUGGAGCUAGAUUUGUCAGUUAAGGGAAGACCUGUGUCAAUCCUAAGCCGUAGAGAUGGUGGCUCAAUGGGAAAGAAAGCUCGAACAGUUCAAAUAUGUUGGGAAAGAGAUGGUAUUCAGGAGGUAACAUGGGAGACUGAACAACACAUGAGACAAGAUUAUCCUGAACUCUUUACUGAGGAUAGUGGAGUUUUGAAUUCAGGGACGAAUUCUCUAGAAGUGGGGGAGAAUUAGAAAUCUCAGUUUUCCAGUUUUGCUUCCAGUUUCUGCUUGAGGUUUUGGGGGAAGGAUUCCGGUCGAACCCGAACGAUUCAGACCAGAUUGGUGGUAGAUCCAGAUAGAGGGAGUGUCAGAGAAGGCAAGGGAGUCGAAGUUGGUACCAUAGGAGGUUCAGUUUUCCUACAACAGUCUCAAUCCGUUUUCAGCCAAAUUCAGAGAGGAAGAAUCGAGCUAUGGGCCAUGGUCUUCCCUCGAAACUGGACUGUGAUGGGCCGACGGGUUACAUGCAGGUCACGAACGGCUGACGAGCCCGGUAUGGGAGUGUAUGAGCUACGGCUGCCUCCAAGCAUGAGGUGUUUGGAAAAUGAGGAAUACGGGUGUUACAAGAAGACAACGGAAGGAUUUCAGUCUCUUCCUUACGUUGUGGCGCUAUUCAGUGCGACGCUUUGGCUUUACUACGCAACACAGAAGAAAGAUGUUUUCCUUCUCGUCCAAUCAACGCCUUUGGCUGUUUCAUCGAAACCAUCUACAUCUCCAUCUUCCUUGCCUUCGCCCCCAAGAAAGCCCGGGUACCUAAAAGCCCAUAAUUGA